AUGAACAAAGAGCUCCCAGGCCUGGGAGGAGCCAGCUGCCUGACUCAGGACUCAGCUGGGGCUGUGCCCAGCUCCCAGCUCUGUCAUCCCCCUGCUGCAGCCCCUCCCAGCCCCGGAGCCCCACAUCUAGCUGCCUUCCCCCUCUUGCUGGGCCCAGCCUAUUCACUCAUCCAUUUGGCACAAGUAUUGUCCCAUGCCGUGUACUCUGAGGUGUUUUGGGGGUGCUCCAAGAAAGGAGUCACUCCAAGAGCUGCCCCUCUAGUAAGGGAGGCCUCAAGAAAUGUAGCAUUUGAGACAGGAGGGUGUCCUGGUGUGGGAUAUUUAGGGGAGGCUUACUACAGGGUAGGACUUUUGAGCUGGCAUGGUAGACUUGAUGGCUAG